UUAUAUCCGAAAUGGAGUCUGAUGCUUCAGCCACGUCCGUUCCUGUUCCAGGAGGCGAAUACGAAGUAUUUUUGAGUUUUAGAGGGCCAGACACUCGCCGCACGUUCACAGAUUUUCUAUAUACCAAUCUCAAUGACGCAGGUGUUCGCACCUUUCGGGAUGACAAUGAGCUUCGCAAAGGAGAAGAGAUCGGCCCUGAGCUCCUCGAAGCAAUCAGGGAGUCCAGUAUCUCCAUCCCCAUCUUCUCCAACAACUAUGCUUCCAGUAAAUGGUGCCUCCGCGAGCUGGCUCAGAUGGUGGAUUGCAAGAGAAGCACUGGACAGUUGAUUCUGCCAAUCUUCUAUGAUGUUGAACCAUCGGAUGUGAGGCAUCAAUCUGGGAGUUACGAGGAAGCCUUUCGCAAGCACGAGAGGUGUUUUGAUGAAUGCACUGUUAUGAAAUGGAAAGAGGCACUCAAACAGGUUGGAGAACUCAAGGGUUGGCAUGUCAACAAAGAAGCUGAUGGGUAUGUUACUCCCUUCCUGCUAAUAACCCCCUUAUGUUAAAUUCUUAAUUUGCAUAUAUAUAUAUAUAUAUAUAGAGGAACUUUAUAAUAGCAUUGGAAUCCAAUAAAAACUAUCAAAUUAG